AUGCAGCUGCUCCGCACCUGGCUGGCGGCCCUCGCGUUGGCCUCUUUUGCAACUGCUGCACCUGUCGCUGCAGCGCUUGAAGCCAGGGACAACCUCACACCUUUGGCAUACACAGCCGCAAUUCCUCCAGAGAUCGUCCAUGAGUUUCCCAUAGGUACUUGGGUCGAGAAUCUAGUCAUCCGGCAGCGGGAUGGGAACGCUGUCGCUACCAUACUCUCCGCACCAGAGGUAUACCUGAUCUCAACCACCGACGGCUUCGAACCUAUACUACUCGCUGAGUUCCCAGGCAACCUUGGCGUCCUCGGAAUUGUCGAACUAGGCCACGACGUUUUCUAUGUGGCGGUCGGGAACUGGUCCGCCAAGCUCGCAGAACCUACACCCGGCUCCUGGUCUUUGUGGGAGAUCGACCUCAACGGCUGUGAUGUGCACCACGGGCAGUCACCCAAAACGCAGAAAAUUGUCGACCUUCCCGAAGCUGGCUUCCUGAAUGGUAUGGCAGUACUGAAUCCCACUGCGGGCACUGUCAUUGUCGCGGACUCUCUUUACAGCGGCGUGUGGCGUGUCAAUGUACGCUCUGGCGAGCUGGAUGUCGCCAUCAAUCACACCAGUAUGGCUCCUCAACCAGAACUUGCAACUCUUGCACUUGGUAUCAAUGCCCUGAGCAUUCGCGACGGGUAUCUAUACUAUGACAACACUGAUUCUGGCACGUUCUACCGGAUGCCGAUUGAUGUACUAACUGGACAAUCACUUGGUCCGGCUGAGGCGAUCGUGGACAACAAGUUUCCUGACGUUAUUUUUGAUGACUUUACGCUCGAUUUCGCCGGCAAUAUCUUUAUUGUCUCUGGCCGAGGAGAGGUUGCGCUGCUGAAGGAUGUGGCUGCAGGCGCUGCAGUGACUGCCAUUGACAUCGUGGCUGGGAACGUGACCGAUUUGCAGGUCACGGGACACACGGCUGCGAAGUUCGGCACAAGCAGUGCUGACCUGGAGCGUGGCUCAUUGUAUGCGACAACCAGUGGUGGGGCUUUAGGGUAUAUCUUUGGCAAUUUGACUACUGGAGGCAUGCUCGUACGCUAUGAUACCGCUGUGCUGGGCCUGUAUUGA